AUAUAUAUUGUGAAUCUACCAUUUUUCGUUUAAGCGUUAUUAAGAAAGUGAAAAAGAAUUAUUUUAAUUGUGGUGCUUCUGUUUUAUUUAAUUAUUUAAAUAUUUAAAAGUUUGCAGAUAACCAAUAUUUAAAAGAAUCGUUUUAAAGGGCCAUAAAUAUUUUCAGAUAUGAGGCGUAAAAGUGAAAGAAAUAAAACAAAAGGUUCGCCAGAGAAGAAAAUUGAAAAACCAACAAGAAAAUCAGCACGUAGACGUGGCAAAAGAGCAACAUCUUCAUCUCCUGAAAGAGAUGAUUCUCAAGAGGAUACAACAUCUGAUGCUUCACUUUCCAGAGAGAGUAAUAAAGAAUUAACUCGUCUUCAAAAUAAAGAUUUAAAAUUAAUUCCUGAACAAAGUGAAAUGGUAAUAACAAUUCCAAAUGUUGAAGAAAAGGAUUCAUCGCCAGAAACAGAGGACAAUGGUUCAGUUUGGAAAGUUGCACGAGCUGAUGCAUCACCAGGUGAAAUUCAAAAAUUGAAAUUAUGCAGACAACGAAAUAUUUCAGAAACAUCUGAUAAUUCGUCAAUUAGGAAAAAAUCACACAAGUGGCAGGGAAGUGGUGAGGGAACUGCGGAGGAGAUUGACUCUAACGAUGAACGACUGAGUUCACCUCGUGUUGAAUUCAGUGACAAGCGACAAGACGAUGUCUCCUCUUUAUCCCUAGGUCAGGACUCCAACCAAGAGGUAAGUGAUUACAAGGAGGCCCUGCCCGAAUCCACUUCAGCCAAUUUGUCUGACGAUAAACCAAACAUAGAUCAACAAGGCGAUACAAAUGAGGCAAGUUGUUUCAUCAUAAGUAAUGAUAUCACAAGCGAACCAACUGGCAUAUCUACAGAUCACAACAUAUGCGGAGAACCGGAUGUUCCAAUACAACAGGAAGUUGAAGGUGAAUGUGAGGAAGUCGACAACCAGGAUAAUCAACAACAAAUCAUAGAGAAUGCAGAAAUUGAUAGAAAAGAAGAGCAGAUUCCAGAAGAUGAAACAGCUAAUCCUAAGGAGGAUGUACAGCAAGAUAUUCAAAUUGAAAAUCAAGAAGAAAUUACUGAAAUUAAGGAAAAAACAUUUGAUGAAUUAAAUUCAAAUGUACAACUUUCCCCAAAAGAAGAUGAUAUUGAGAAAGAAGAAUCUCAAAUACAAGAAGAAAUUGAAGUUGUUCCAAAAGAAAUUGAAAUUGUUCCAAAAGUAAUUGAAAUUGUUGAGGCUACAAUUGAAAAAGAUGAAGAAUCACACCAAAAGGAUGAGGUUACAUCUGAAAAAGAUGAUCGUAAUGAUUCAAGUAGUGAUGAAGAUGAAGUAAAAGUUCAUUCGGAUUCAAAUUCAAUAGAUGAAGCACAAAUGAAUGUUCGAUCAAGUAUAAGAGUAACAUCUCGCUCCAAUCGUCGUAAAAAUCGUAGUAAAUAUCGCGAAUCUUCCUAUUCUGAUACACCAGAAUCAGAAGACGAUCCGUCCUUAGAAAGAAAAUCAAAACAACCAGAAACUCCUGAAAAUGAAGAAGAAGAGGAGCCAUUAUCAAGAGAUAAAGAUUUUCAUAGGGAUAGAAGAAGUCGUUCAAAAUCAUUAGAACCAAAUGAUAAUUCAUCUUUAUUAAAUAGUCAACAAAGAGAGGAACAAAUUGAUGAAGAAAAUGAAAAAAAUGAAAAUUCAUCAAUUAUUAAUUUAGAGGCAAUUACAUCUAGUCAAAAACCGGCAAAAAUUAACUUAAAAAGAACAUUUGGUACUCGCAAUUCUGCAGAUGAAGUUAAAGUUGAAGAAAGCAAUCAAUGUGAAAAAAUAGACUCACAUCCAGUUAAGACAAAUCAUGCAAAUGAAAAUACAGAGCAAAAACGAGUUCCUAAGAGACGAAGGUGGGGAACAACUCUUUCAACUGAUUCUAGUAUUGAAUUUUCAGUGUCAACAGAUUCUUUAAAGGUAUUAGUACCAGGAGCGAAACCAUUAUCAAUAACGGAAGUUCGUCUUUCAAAGGAUAUUGAAGAAGAACAAUUUCGAGAUAAAAAUCGUGACAAACAUAAUAAUGACAGUAAUGGUGAAUAUAUUGUUCGAGAAGAAAUUAUUGCAUCGAAAAAUGAAAGAAAAGGAGAUACAAAAGCAGACAAUCAUAUGGGAUCAAGACGAAAAAUAUCUGUAGUUAAAGACAUUCCUCAGACGAUGUUGACAAGUCCAUCUAUUGUAAAAGCAACAAAUAUACUUUUGAUAAAGAAUCUGGUACGACCGUUUACAUUAACUCAAAUAAAAGAACUUCUUUCUCGUACUGGAACUAUUUUGGAAAAUGGUUUCUGGAUGGAUAGAAUUAAAUCGAAAUGUUACGUUCAGUAUAGUAACGAAGAUCAAGCAUUUGAGACAAGGCAGGCAUUGCAUGGAAUUUCUUGGCCACUGUCAAAUCCAAAAAAAUUACAAGUGGAGUAUGCAACAAAGGAAGACAUGGAAUUGGCUCAGGAAUCAUCUCAAGAGAUAACCAAUUCUCGUAAGGAUGAUAAUUUUGGACAGGCAGAUUCUUGGCAACACGAUUGGAUACGUGAAGAAAGAAAUCAAACUGGAGGUGUUAAAGUAACGGUCGUUAGAGAAUGGGAUUUGGGUAAAGAGGAUGGUCAACAGCAUGUGAUAAAAGAUGAGCGGGAAAAAAAAGAAAUGGAAAAGAAAAAGAGACAAAGAAGUCAGACGCCAGUCACUGAAAUUCAUUUGCCAGCGCCAGCUCGAAAAUUUAAGAAAAAAGAAGAUGAACCACCUCCGGCAAAACUUUUAGACGAUCUCUUUAGAAAAACGAAAGCCACGCCUUGCAUAUAUUGGCUACCACUCACAAAUGAGCAGAUCGUGGUAAAAGAAGAAAUGAGAAGGCAACAUAUGGCUGAACAUGCACGCAGACUUGAAGAGAUGAGACGAGCUGAGAGAAAUAGAGAUCAUCGACGUCGACGAACUCCUAGAAAAUAAAAAGAAAAAAAUAACUUGUUUCAUUAUCACAACUAUAGUCCCCUUUAAAAAAAAAACAGAUUUCUAUCCUGCAGAUUGAUUUUAUGAAACAAUAUUUAACUUUAAUAUUCCUUCGAAACGUUGUGAUUGAAAUUCGUUAAAAUAUUAAUUAUUUUAAAAACCA